ACGGCGUCGAGAGACAUCAUCAUCAAUGGAGGAAGAAGGGGCGAGAGAAGAGGUGGAGAUCGAUAAGGAUCUGCAGAGGAAAAUAGAGAAGACGGUGAAGAAGAUCUUGAAAAAGUCGAACUUGUACAAGAUGACAGAGAUCAAGGCGCGAGAACAAGCUUCAGUUGAAUUGGAUCUCGAUCUCUCUCAAGAUCCUUACAAGGUNCUUUAA